ACGGGAAGAGGAGCCCACAGACGCGAGGGACCGAAUCUAAGACUGGGUUGGUAUCUCAGAGUGUGGAGGGGUUCUGCAGGUCUAGUCGGUCUGUAACUGAAGUCCUGUGGGAGUCCGUCUCCCGUUAGUUAGCUUACCAGCUAGCCUACCAUCGACAUGUAGCCCUGCCGUCGUCUCAUUCUCUGCUCUCUGUCUGUCUCUGUCUCAGUCUCAGUGUUGUCAGGUGGCUCAGAGCCUUUGGAUACCCACACCGUAACAAAGCCACCUUGUCCCACUGGACUUGGAACCGUUUUGUCUACCGGUGCCGGUUUAUCUGCUGUAGGAUGUCUGGACAGAGCAUCACAGACCGGAUCACCGCCGCUCAGCACAGUGUCACCGGCUCCGCCAUAUCCAAGACUGUUUGCAAGGCGACCACACAUGAAGUCAUGGGGCCGAAGAAGAAACAUUUGGAUUAUCUGAUUCAGUGCACAAAUGAGAUGAAUGUGAACAUCCCUCAGCUGGCUGACACCCUGUUCGAGAGGACCGCCAACACCAGCUGGGUUGUUGUGUUCAAGUCCCUCACCGCCACACACCACCUGAUGGUCUACGGCAAUGAGAGAUUUAUACAGUAUCUGGCUUCCAGGAACACACUGUUCAACCUCAGCAACUUUUUGGACAAAAGUGGCCUACAAGGAUAUGAUAUGUCGACGUUCAUCAGGAGGUACAGCCGCUACCUGAACGAGAAGGCUGUGUCCUACAGACAAGUGGCUUUUGACUUCACUAAAGUGAAAAGAGGGUCUGACGGCGUAAUGAGAACCAUAAACACAGAGAAACUCCUCAAGACCGUCCCAAUCAUCCAGAACCAGAUGGAUGUGUUACUCGAUUUCAAUGUCAACGCCAACGAACUGACGAACGGUGUGAUCAACGCAGCCUUCAUGCUUCUGUUCAAAGAUGCCAUCCGCCUGUUCGCAGCCUACAAUGAGGGCAUCAUCAACCUCCUGGAGAAAUACUUUGACAUGAAGAAAGUCCAGUGCAAAGAAGGACUUGACAUCUACAAAAAGUUCCUCACACGAAUGACUAGAAUCUCUGAGUUCCUCAAAGUAGCAGAGCAAGUCGGGAUUGACCGAGGGGACAUCCCAGAUCUCUCUCAGGCACCCAGCAGCCUGCUCGACGCUCUGGAGCAGCACCUGGCCUCUCUAGAGGGAAAGAAAGUGAAAGACUCGACAGCAGCCAGCAGGGCUAGCACCCUCUCCAAUGCCGUCUCCUCCCUGGCCAACACCGGCAUAUCUUUCAGCAGAGCGGACGAGAGGGAGAAGCAGGCCGCCCUGGAUGAAGAGCAGAGUCGCCUUCAAGCACUCAAGCGUCUGAAGGAGCUUCAGAAAAACCCUGCCGAAGCAACCACAGACUCCUCCCCCGUCUUUGCAGAGGGCGGGACCAUCAACUCAGCCCCUACCAUCGACCUCUUUUCCACCCCCAGCUCCACCAACUGCAUCUCCAAGGCAGCUAUUGAACUGCUCGACCUGCAGCCAGCGUUCCAGCCCUCGCUGCCUCUCUCCACCACCAGCUCCUGGGGAGAAGCUGUGGAGGAAUCCAUUCUGAACUCAAACCCUUUCCUCACUCUCCCUGUCGAAGCUGUCCAGCUGUCCCUAGCGUCCUCGGACGCCGGCAGCCUUUCUUCUAAGACCCAGAGCCAUCAUGUGUUUGAUCAUUACAAUCCCUUUUUUGCCUCAAGCUCUUCGUUGGCCUCUGAUCUUGAAACUGCCGCACAGAUAGAGACGUGCCUCACAGUCUCCUUCUGUGGGCCAAGCCCUUACAACACCACUGCACUCUUCCAGUCUGAGCCCCCUGCUGUAGCUGGUCUCUUCAGAGGGUUCCCAACCUCACCAACAGCCCAGCAGCCUCAGAACUCUCAGGGCCUGAACGUGGACUUUGACUCCGUGUUUGGCCACAACGCUAAUGCUAACGACCGGGAUCCUACAGAUGUUUUAGGUGACCUCCUCAAACCCACAGUGGCGUCCUCUCCCAACCAGGACCUGACCCUGAACGGCCACCAGGCCCACAAACUGGUAUCCAACGACCUGGAUUCGUCACUUGCCAAUCUGGUUGGCAAUCUGGGAAUUGGCAAUGGCACAGCAAAGAAUGAUCUUCAUUGGAGUCAGCCUGGUGAGAAGAAGCUGACCGGUGGAAACAACUGGCAACCCAAAUCUGCUCCUUCUACCACCUGGAACCCUGCAGCCAUGGCUCCAUCUGUCAUGGCAUUCCCUGCAACCACACCCACAGGCAUCAUGGCAUAUGGAAUGCCCCCCCAAGUGAGCUCCAUGAUGAUGACCCAGCCCACCAUGAUGUACUCCCAGCCAGCAAACCCUUUUGGCCCCAACCCCGGAGCACAGAUGCAGUUUAUGUAACCUGAAGGAGGGGGGGGGUCUUAUCCCAAACCCAUCUGAAGAUGAUUUACAUCAAUGUCAACUAUCCAAGCAAAGCGUGCAGUUUGCUUCUAAGGAAUGUCUCUCUCUGAGAAUAAAAAGUCCAAUCAGACUUAAUGAACUCAUGGUGAGUGGGGGGGGGGCAUCACAGUGGACAUUGUGCCCCUCUGGUCCUGUGGAAGUCUUAGAAGAGGAGGAGCAUACUGCCAUCCAACACCCUGUGGACAGGUUCAGCCCGACUCCAUCCUGGACUAAGAGAAACUCAACAGCUUUCUGCUGUCUGUACCUUGGGGAAACAGUGAGGGUGGUUGACACAGUAAUACGGAGUUGUCUUUUUUUGUUCCUCUUUCUCCAGGUGAGCGAGGGAGUCACUUAUUUUGAUUGUCAAUCAUGAUUACAUAAAGCAUCCCCCACAGUAGGAGAACAGACAUGUUUAAGUAUUGUUUGCAGCAGACAUUCCGUAUGUAUUGUUUGUAUUUAUUUAUGAUUACCUAAAGAGAAAAUGACAAAAAAAGUAAAUGUAACUUGUCGCUGACCUCUAUGUGGAAGACCUUCAGAUUUCUUCAUAGGAAUGGUUGAUUGAAGAAUUGGAUUUUGAGUGAUUGAGAUGAUCUUUUUGAAAAAUAAUUAAUAUAAAGUUUAAAGAGACCUUUUGCUGUUGGGUCUCUAAAUAUUCUCUGUACCCGCAUGAUGCCUUGUAUCUGUGGCUAUGGGGGUCACACUAAGGAUCUGUAUAAACAAUUUUUAAAAUUCAAUAAAACCAUAACGAUGGGGAAGAUUUCUACAAAACUGGCGAGGGAACAUAUUUCACACAUCAGCAGAGCACUAGACUUUAUGAUGAUGAGACGGCGGUGGAGAGGAAUCUGCAUUUAUGCUUUUGACGCUUUUGGAUGCCAUUUAUUCUUCCGUUUAACAAGCUGCUGCUGCCCUCUGAACAUGAAUGUGCGGGGGCCCUUUCAUGCUCAGAUCAUUUUUCCAUAGCUCUGGGGCACUAAGACAAUGUGGCCGCAGCGGGUGAGGCUCAGGUCACACUGCUGACAGAUGGCUAGGGGGGGGCAGAAAGGUUUAAUGUUCAGCAGAAUAGAGCACUGUGGAUCGGUGCUUUGUGUAAAUAAAACGUUCCUGCCAAUCACAGGGCUGGACGAGUGCAGUAACAGAGAUGAUCUGAACAUAAAAGUGGCCCUUUAUCCAUCACUGAGCCUUCUGCCGCAUCCACCCUACAGAUUCUAUUUUUGUUUGUUUGAUUUUUCCAAUAAAGUGCAAGCUUCAACACUU